GGGGAUUCGAUUCUAUUCAUAAUUCCAUCCGAUUCGAAACAAAAGCAUCAAUCCUAUCUUUUGUCAAAUAACUUAAAUUGUCGCGUUCUCCUUAACAUCGAAUGAAUACAAACCCCUCUUUCUCCAUAUUUUGCGUCUUUCGUCUUAUCCUGUGAACAGCUUGUACAUACUAAUAAAUACAAUUAAAACAUCCUCCCCGGACCAUGGUUGGUCCUAGUCAUCUCGAAAACCUCCCUGAUGAGAUCUUCCUCCAUAUCUUAUCUUUCCUAGAAGCCCGCGACGUCGUUAUCCUCCAAAGCGUUUCGAAACAUUUCCUAGGAUUGUGCCGAGAUGGCAACUUCUGGCGUAACAAAUGCCUCUCCACCCCUUCUGUUCGCGAACGCAUUAGAUUAUUUUGGUCCGGGUCUGAUUGGAUCGACGAAGAGGGCGCGACCUUAAGCGGCGCGCCUACGACGGGAGAAGGAAGCCAAAUAGAAGACCAAAACGAAGUGCAUUGGAGCCGUCUCGAGAGCUUGUCUCAGUUAUCUGCUAAGAGGAGGAAGAGGGAGAAAAUUCGCAUCGCUGCGAAUUGGGACCCGACAUUUCCAAACGAAAAUACGAAUUGGUACAAUGAAUAUAUUCAAAGAUAUGGUCCCAUUGCUAUCAGCUGGUUCGAACAACCCCAGAUUCCAAAUGGUUCUCGGAGAGACCAAAUAGAUGUCAGCGGAGCUGCCUUAUACAGUCCAAACUCGACCGGAAAUGAACUCUUUGCCGUGUCGCCACUUGAAGAUGGCUCGAUCUGUUUGUGGGACGUAAAAGGUACUCGAUGUAGGAAAGGGUCGAUUCUAUUGAAGUCUAGCCCUGGUCUUUUGUGCGCUGAUGGCUCGGGAGCCGAUCUGUUAAGACGCUCUAAGAUGACCAACACGGGGGUGACUGAGUGCGUAAGUGUCGACAGCAAGAAAAACAUGGCUUUCUUCGCCGUCCAGAGUCGUCUUAUUGAGGUCGAUCUUGAAACAUUACAAAUCGUGGGCAAUCAUCCUUUCGAAUGGUCCAUUACUACGCUCUCCGCGGCUGAUCCUGGUGUUCCUUUAACGGUGGGGACAGUUAAUGGACUGCACUUGCAUGAUUUUAGAGCGAGAUCUAAAUAUCGAGAAGAAUAUCAAAUUCGAUUAGAUGCUGUUAGAAGGAAUGGUCUGCGGGACUUCUCUCACGUCCUAGACCCGAGGCCUCUUGACCCUUAUGCUUCUCUUGCGCAGUCGGGCCCGCAGAGUAUUCUCCAUCUCGAGCGCUCUGGAGACGGCAGUCAACUCUCCGACGACAUAUUCGUAGCCGGCCGGUUUUCUAAUAUUCUACACUACGACCGGCGCAUGUUUCCCGCAAUCAGAGGCUCGAUUCACUCGGGCGCAAAGCUCUGCAGCCUUACAUCGCUUCCUUACCCUUUCUCUAGCCUCAACAGCGAUCUGCGUCGCCGUUUUCAACUGUCCGAGGAACAGGUCGAGAAAUCUAAAAGCGUAACGGGUGGGAGAACCCUGAUAGCGUGCGGCGAAUACAAUACCAAAGGGUCGCUCGAAUUGUACGGCCUAUCGUCCGGCUCCAGUAAUGCAUCGCAGCCACGGGUUAUCCAUGAAUCUACCAUGAAGAAUCGGCAAGCGGCUUCCCAGUCGAAGCUCCUCUCCGUCAUCAACCACGGCACUCGACUUGUCUUCUCCGACGGACAAGGUUACUUGAAGUGGGUCGAACGGGACGGUUUUACGGAGGUACGCCGCCACAAGAUCGGCAAGUCCGAAAGGAUAAUCCAUCGCUCGUUAUUUGGGUCGAUGCCCGGGUCGGAUGACAUAGCGCGAAAAAUCCUCUCUACCCGGACACCUGGGCAGGAUGGUGAAGCCCGGGUCAACGACGACGAUAUCCUAUUUUGGACUGGAGAGAAGCUGGGGCUGCUCAGCUUCUCAUCCGAGCCUGGAUUUUCUCCGGAAGAUUUCGAUGAGCACCCGAGGACGCCGGAAGAGAUUGCGGCAGAAGAAGAGGAGCAUAUGUACGCCGAGAGGAUGAGGCUAGCCUUAGAACGACAGGCGAGAGACGUCCGAUUUGUUCAGAACCUUGGAGCCGGAAAUAUCCACAGCGGAAUCUAAAGUCCUGGCACCUGAAAUGUUUCUGCCUCGAAUCAUAACCUUCUCACCAUGUUGAACAAGGGAAGAAAUUCAACCACGUCCACGUCACGUCGCCUAAUAAGCGGGUAGGCUGUUAAGAUUUUUUGAUUACCUUACUCUUUACUAGAGGUUGAGUCAAUGAUCUCACUACGUAGGCUUAAUGAGAAGGGAUCGGCAGACUCGGAAGUUGAGGAAACUUGAGGCGGGAUGCUUUAUCUUAUCACGAUAUUUCAUAUGCCAUUGGCUAUCCAAGGUCUCGGAGGCAAAAUUGUGUACCUCUCAAAUGCAGGUGGACCGUUGGCACUGGACCAAAAAAGGACGUCAGUCAAGGAAAAAGAUGGGGGUUAUGAGGGGGGGUUUUUAGACCUUGGUACAUACAGCGAUCCUGUGAUAUAUUUUUUUUACUAUUUUAUUUUUUCAACCUAAUUUCUCAUUCUUUUUUGGUCUAUCUUUACGC